AUGGCCACCAUCCACGGCACCACCGGCCAGCUGAAGGCCAUGCUGGACCCCGCGGUGGCCACCCAGUUCAAGGACCUGGACCAGGGCGGCAAGGUGAUGGCCGAGUACGUGUGGAUCGGCGGCACGGGCGCCGACCUGCGCUGCAAGACCAAGACCCUGAACGGUGUUCCCAAGAGCGUGGACGACCUGCCGGUGUGGAACUACGACGGCUCCUCCACCGACCAGGCGCCCGGCGACGACUCGGAGGUCUACCUGAACCCCGUGGCCAUGUUCAAGGACCCCUUCCGCGGCGGGGACAACAUCCUGGUGAUGUGCGAGGCCUACGAGCCGCCGAAGGUCACAGACUCGGGCGCCGUGUCCCAGCCCAAGCCCAUCCCGACCAACUCGCGCUGCGCCUGCAACGAGAUCAUGGAGAAGGUCAAGGAGCACGAGCCGUGGUUCGGCAUCGAGCAGGAGUACACGCUGCUGGACUCCACGACCAACUGGCCGUUGGGCUGGCCGGCGAACGGCUAUCCGGGCCCACAGGGACCGUACUACUGCUCCGCGGGCGCGGGCUAUGCCAUCGGGCGCGACAUCGUGGAGGCGCACUACAAGGCGUGCCUCUACGCGGGGAUCAAGAUCGCGGGCUGCAACGCAGAGGUCAUGCCCGCUCAGUGGGAGUUCCAGGUCGGCCCCUGCGUGGGCAUCGAGAUGGGCGACCACCUGUGGAUGUCGCGCUACCUGCUGCUCAGGAUCGGCGAGAUGUUCAACGUAGCCAUCACCUUCGACCCCAAGCCCGUGCCGGGCGACUGGAACGGCGCCGGCGGCCACACCAACUACUCCAACAAGGAGUCCCGAAAGGAGGGCACCGGCUGGGACGCCAUCAAGACCCAGAUCGAGAAGCUGGAGAAGCGCCACGCGGUGCACAUCGCGGGCUACGGUGAGGGCAACGAGCGGCGGCUGACGGGCAAGCACGAGACGUCCUCCAUGAACGACUUCACCUGGGGCAUCGCCAACCGCGGGGCCUCCAUCCGGGUGGGCCGCAUGGUGCCCGUGAACAAAUGCGGGUACUACGAGGACCGGCGGCCGGCCUCCAACCUGGACCCCUACGUCGUGACCAAGCUCAUCGCAGAGACCACCCUGCUCAUGUGA